UUACCGGCGUUAUGUGCACGACAGUUCCCCGUGGUUGUGGCUACGCGGUUCUUUGCAGACGAUUCGUUUCCUUCGGCUUUAAAAUAUGUUAUUCUCAAUAUUUGUGAAAGAACAUUUCAUAUUAUGGGUACACUUUGACUAACCCUUAGUUUUUCUGUCACUGCCAGCCUAGAGGUAGGAUGAAAUCCAAUAUGAAAAGUGCUAGUCGUUGAAAGCAGUAGGAAGGAUGGGUUAUGGCGCGCAGCUCAAAAUUAGUAAACAGUGAAACGGUGCAGCACGAGUUAGAUAAAGCGGAAAUCAAAGGACCAGAUGCAAUCCUGCAGCUCUCAGACUAUGGCCUCUUGCGCGUUGGAUCAUUAGGCCCUGUGGAAAUUAACUGGUUGUCAAAUAAUGCUGCAGCAAGUCUCCUGAAGCCAGGGUUCAUUACUGCCCUCGAAUUUGAGAAGCAGGAGGACAACUGGAGACGCGUUUCAACAGGUUGUCAUGUUAUAGACAAGGUGCUUGGCGGAGGUUUCCCAGUUCGAGGAAUAACUGAAUUGUCUGGGGAAAGUAGCUGUGGAAAGACACAGUUAUGUCUUCAGCUUUGCUUGAGUGUUCAAUAUCCCAUAUCCCAAGGUGGUUUGGAUGCUGGGGCUGUAUAUAUAUGUACUGAAGAUUCAUUUCCAGCCAAACGUCUUCAACAGCUAUUUACUACGUAUCCCCAGCAAAGAAUGUCCCCAUCACAUAUUAAAGAAGAUCUGCCAAAGUUUGGGGACAAUAUAUUUAUUGAGCAUGUUGCAGAUGCUGCAGGUAUGCGUCAGUGUGUUCUAGGCCGCCUGCCCAAACUAUUGUCUCAUCACUCAGUCAAACUUAUCGUGGUGGACUCGAUAGCUGGGGUCUUUCGCUCAUGUUAUGAAAAUAAUGAAAUGAAACAUAGAGCUGAAGAUAUGAGAACUGUUGGUGGGCAGCUGCAUAAAAUGGCUUCUCAGUACAAACUUUGUGUUAUUUGUGUUAAUCAGGUAACAGCAUCAGAUGGCCCUCAACGAUCUGUUCCUGCUUUAGGCCUUGCCUGGUCAAAUCUGGUGACAUCAAGAAUCCAAAUGCAUCGUAGUGAACCUGAUGGAGCAGAUUCAGCAUCUCAACGAUCACUGGAAAUUAUUUUUGCUCCAGAUUUACAACCAACAUCAGUAUCAUACACCAUUUCUGAAGCUGGGGUAUUUGGUCUGGCCAAGCUUAAUUAAAUAAAUGCAAGAAUUCUUGUUUUAGAACUAAAAGUUGUUUAAUUGUAAGCAAUGCUGUUUCCUUGCCUAGAGUUUAUUUCAUAAAAAUAAAAUAUUUAUAUUUUUUUCUA